UUUAAACAUGGCCGACCUCAGCCAUGGACUCCGCAAACAGGGUUCCAGGACUGGAUCUGGACCCGGACCCGGAUGAAACCAUGUGUCUGAUUAUGUGACCUCACGCUUGACUCUGGAUGCAGUGAAAACAAAUCGGGGAACCGCAGCGGGACACCGCCACAACCGCAGCCCGAGCGAGAGGCCCGGACCGCUGAAGAGGAGCGGCGAUGGAGAGCCGACCGGAUCCACCGCCGCCGAACCCCGCAGGAGGCGACAUGACUGCGGUGUAAACAGGCGAGAGGACGCCGCUGCGCCUGUCGCUCACAGUCAGGAUGUCUGGGCCGCCACCCGGGGGCGGGGCGGCACCGGGGCCCGGGCCGGGGCCGGGGCCGGGGCCGGGGCCGGAGCUGCCCGACCUGAGCCACCUGACGGAGGAGGAGCGGAGCAUCAUCCUGUCGGUGAUGGAGAGGCAGAAGAAAGAGGAGGAGAAGGAACAGAGCAUGCUCAAGGAUCAGGAGGAAUUGAAACCUCCACCCGCCUCGUGGAAUCCGUUCUCCGGGUUCAGUCAGUUGGUCAAUAAUGUUGCGGCCAACGUGUCUGAAGUUCUGCAGGUUAAAAGUCCAACUGACGACGAGUCGCAGACGAAGUUACAUCGGCAGUUUGAGCUCUAUAAGGACCAGGUGAAGAAAUUGGGGGAGGAGCCUCAGGUGGCUCAGACAGUGAGGGCGGAGUCUCCCAUCUGUGGCGUCUGUCGCAAGACGAAGUUUGCGGACGGCUGCGGCCACGCCUGCUGCUACUGUCAGAGCCGCUUCUGUGCCCGCUGUGGUGGGCGUGUUCCUCUGAGAGCCAAUAAGGUGAUGUGGGUUUGUAAUGUCUGCAGGAGGAAGCAGGAGAUUCUCACUCAGUCGGGGGAGUUUUACUCUGUUCACCACAACUCACACGGGGUUCCAUACCCACCGAUGCAGGGGCCACCGGGGGCCACAAGGCCUCUGAGCAACGGAGCCGGUGAACGGAAGCCGAGCCCCUCUGGGUUGUAUUACAAUGGUGGGGGGGGCAGGAUGCCUCGCUCGCCCUCCGAUCACGGUCCGGACCGCCAUGUGCACUCGCCACGUGGCUGCCAUGGUAACAGGGAGGAGGAGCUGCAGGGCUGGAGGAAACCAAUCAGAGACGGACGAGGUCGCUGGCACUCACAGGACCACCCUCUGGACCAGGUUCAGGACGAGCGGGAGCGAUGGCGGCGGCAGCAGGAGGACGAGUUUCAGGCUCGUUACCGUAGCGACCCGAACCUGGCUCGUUACCCGGUGAAGCCGCAGCCGAGCGAGGAGGCCAUGAGAAUGUUGGCUCAGGUCGGCAGGGUCCGCCACCAACGCCGCCACAGCGAUGUCUCCCUGGCAUCCGCCGAGCCCGACCACCUGACCCUGAGAAACACAGCUUCCCGUCAGACUCGGCUGCACGGAUUGUUUGGAUCCGGAGGUCAGAGGUCGUUGUCUGUGGACCGGGUAGCCAAUCACAUGAGCCCCACGUCUCCUCGCCGCAGCCCGUUACCUCAGCAACACCUGGACCCGAACUCCGCCCUCAAGAGGAAGCCGGCCUAUGAGAUCGGAGCACAGAGGGCGCGGACAAUAGCAAAUAUGCACGUGAUUGGCAGCUUCAGCAGCUCGGAGGAGGAGCUAGUGACAUCUGAGUACACCAGCUGUGACGAGCCCGACAGAGACAUGGACAGCCAAUGGUGGGAUCAUGGUUCUUGGCACGGUGAAUCUACGCCCAUGUCUAUGCAACCAGUCACAUGGCAAUCAUCCAAGGAUGGAGAACGUCUGAUUGGUCGAAUUCUGCUGAAUAAGAGGAUGAAAGAUGGUACGGUUCCUGCAGAUACAGGAGCACUGCUGGGACUCAAGGUGGUCGGGGGCAAGAUGACGGAGUCCGGUCGCCUCUGUGCAUUCAUAACAAAGGUGAAGAGAGGAAGCCUGGCUGACACUGUGGGACACCUGAGACCAGGUGAUCAGGUUCUGGAGUGGAACGGUCGGGUUCUUCAGGGAGCCACAUUUAAUGAAGUUUACAACAUCAUCCUGGAGUCCAAGCCGGAACCACAGGUGGAGCUGGUGGUAUCCCGACCAGUUGGAGAUGUUUCCAGAAUGGCAGACAGCACCCACGUCCAGCUGGAUUCCAGUUCCAGUUCCUUUGACUCUCAGAAGGUCGGCCCGUCCAUCUCUGUCACGUCUCCCCUGAGCCCCAGCAUUCUGUCCGGACAGCUGUCUGUAAGUUUACCCAGCAUGCACCGCACUGCCACGCCGCACACCCCGCAGCCAAUCAGCUCUCUGUUAACAGCCGUUUCCAUGGUGAUGUGUGUGUUUCAGACUGUAAACAGGCGUCCUCUGGUUCCCAGAAUUCAGGUGAAGCUGUGGUACGACAAAGUCGGUCAUCAGCUGAUCGUCACUGUUCUUGGAGCCAAAGAACUUCCUGUCCGAGAAGAUGGCCGACCGAGGAACCCCUAUGUAAAGAUCUACUUUCUGCCAGACAGAAGCGAUAAGAGUAAGCGGAGAACAAAGACGGUGAAGAAAUCAGUGGAACCUCGAUGGAACCAGACCUUCAUGUACUCUCCAGUCCAUCGGCGAGAGUUCAGAGAACGGAUGUUAGAGCUGACGGUCUGGGAUCAGGCCCGAGUACGAGAGGAGGAGAGCCAGUUCCUAGGAGAGGUUCUCAUAGAGUUGGACUCAGCUCUGUUGGAUGAUCAGCCUCACUGGUACAAACUGCAGCUUCAUGAUGUUUCCUCUGUGCCACUGCCCAACGCCUCCCCCUACCUGCAGAGGAGAGGACUGCAGCCUGAGGACACACUGAGCAGCAGGAGGCUGCAGAACAAAGGUCCGUACUAUAACGCAGGGUCUCAGAGGAUCAGCGACAGCGAGUUUUCAGAUUACGACUGUGAAGACGGCAUCGGGGUGAUAUCAGAUUACAGACAGAAUGGGCGGGACUUCCACAGCUCCACCCUCUCAGUGCCAGAGCAGGUGAUGUCAUCCAAUCACUGCUCUCGAUCCAAUAUGGUCAGAAUGAGGUCACGCUCGCCGAGCCAACCGCCUCCUCAGAGCAGCAACCCUCUGUACCCGUUGUACCGGGAGGACGCGGUGCGGCUGCUGCGAGGCUCCAAACUGAGCCGAGCGUACUCUGACGCCGGCCAGUACAGCAGCCUGGACAGGAGAUCACUGAGGAGAAUGUCUGUUGCCAACUCUCUUGAUUCCCAUGACAGAUAUUUUAACGGUCCUAGCCAAACUCCAUGGACAAACCACAUGAUGAAUGGGAGCUGUGAGGACUACAGUCAGGACUUCAUUCCUGACUUCCCCUACGACCCCGACACCUACGACGAGGAACUUCUGAGGGCAGACCCGCGAGGUGGAUCAACCCAAACUAGUCCAUCAGGAACACCAGUCUGCGGCCGCCGAGGACGCCAGCUGCCGAUUGUCCCGCCCAAAGGAGCUCCUGACAGAAAUGGAGGGGAACCGUCUGACAUUGUGCAGACAGUUUUGGACAUGACCACCACAGGAGGGCCACCUGCACCUGCUCCUCCCUCUCAACAUUAUCAGGCCCCUCCUCCUGUACACAAACAAGGCCCUCCCCUUGUCAAUCAUCAACCGCCACCUCUUAUACGAAUCCAAGCCCCACCUCUUCCUGGAACCGCCCAACCCCAACCACAUCCUGCACCUGUACCUGCACCUGUACCGGCUCCUGUCCAAGUCCAAGCCCCACCCCUAGCUCCAAUACCUGCCCAAGCCCCAGCCCCAGCCCCAGCCCCAGCUCCUGUACCUGCCCCAGUGGUGUCCAAAGCCCCGCCCCCUCCUCCAACACCAGCUCAAGCCCCGCCCCCUCCCCCAACACCAGCUCAAGCCCCGGCCCCUGUGCCAAUGCCAACUCAAGCCCCGCCCCCUCCUCCAACACCAGCUCAAGCCCUGGCCCCUGUGCCAAUACCAGCUCAAGCCCCGUCCCCUGCCCAGGCACCUGCUCCAGUCCCGCCACCAGCUCCUGUAAUUCAAUCACAGCCACCCCCUGAGCCCAACCUUCCUCCUGCAUCUGCUCCUCCAACAUCUGUCUUGACACCUACCCCUGCCCCCUCACCUGCCCCCUCACCUGCACCACCCCCACAGACUCCAGAGCCAGAUAGACGCUCAGCGACACCUGGAGGGACCAGAAAAGAGGUCACAUGGGAGGACCAGCAGCAGAAAACAGCCAAUGGGGAGGUGUCAGCAGUGAAAGAAGGUGUGAUGAAGGAUCCGUCAAAGAUGAGGGACUUUAAAUCAUCAGACAGUGAUGUCAGCGAUGUGUCGGCCAUGUCCAGCGACAUCCAAUCUGUCCGUAGGAUCAGUCGGGUGGAGGCUCUGCAGGGCCUCUCAGUGGAGUUGGGGUCAGAGGGGACACAGGAAGUAGUGGGGGCAGCAGAGGGCAGAGCUACGCUGCAGAACAGCGAAUCAGUGGAGGAAGGAGAGGAGGAAGAGCCUGAGCCUUCGAAGGCAGCGGCGGCGGCGGCCGGCGCUCCUCUCACGAAGUCGUCGAGUGUCGGCGGAGAAAUUUGUUCAUUGGGGAGAAACGACGACGAUGACGACGACAAAAAGCGACGCUCAAGCUUCGGAGCGAAGAUGAUGGGAAUGGUUGGACUGGGAAAGAAGAGUCAGAGCGCCUCCCAGCUCAACCCCGAGGAGGAGGAGAAGAAGAAGAAGGUGGUGAGACUUCCUGUCCAGAGGAGUGUAGAAACCGGUUUGGCCAUCGAGUUUAAAUCUCGUUUCACCCGACAACAAAGCCGCGACCCGGAUGCCGAGGAACCCAAACCUGGAGCUUUGAUAUUUCCAGGAGUCAAACUGGCGUCAGACAAACAGUUCACUGGAUUCCUGGAGGGAUUAGGCCCCGCCCAGCUGGCUGGGCGGCAGACUCUGGCCACGCCUCCUAUGGGUGACAUCCAGAUUGGGAUGGUGUACAGGAAGGAGCGUCUGGAUGUGGAGGUGAUCCGAGCCCGAGGGCUUGUGGGAAAACAAGGCAACAAGAACACUCCAGCUCCGUAUGUGAAGGUCUAUCUGAUGGACAAUGGGAAAUGUGUGUUGAAAAGAAGAACCCGUCUGGCAAGAAAAACACUUGACCCUCUUUAUCAACAACAACUACAGUUUGAAGAAAACCCAGAAGGAAAAGUACUACAGAUCAUCGUGUGGGGGGACUAUGGUCGGAUGGAUCAUAAAUCCUUCAUGGGCGCCGCUCAGAUCCUAUUGGACGAUCUUGACCUGUCCAACAUGGUGAUAGGCUGGUUUAAACUGUUUCCUGCCACCUCAUUGGUGGACCCCGCUUUGGCCCCGCUGACCAAUAAGGAGACAGAGGGUAGCAAGUCGUAGCAUCAGGAGACAGGACCAACAGAAUCACCAUAGCAACAGGUGGGAGGGGACAGGGGACACGCUGCUGGGCGGAGCCUAAAAACAAAAGUCCUGCAAUCCUCUGCUGCUGCAUGCUGCAUGAUGACAUCAGAUUGAUAAUGAUGAUGUAACAGUGUCACAAUGAUGUCACUGCGAGGAAGAGGGAGGCUCUGCCCCCUGAUGGUCAAGCAGGAAAUGACUCUCCCAUCGAGGGCAGCACAGCAAAGGAUGCUGGGAAAAAAGGGGCCAUGUGCCCUCCAGCUACCAGCCAAUCUCAGCAGCUCUUCAGGAGUCACUUGACUGUCAGAGGCAUGUCCAGAAACCACAGACUCAGUUUCCAUGAGGACACAGAAACAUGGACGUCUGGUUCUUUUUUUUUUGC